GAAGCCAUAGCCUACUAUUAUUGGCUUUGCGAAAAAAGAAAUAAAUACAGUUUGUUUGCUAAAUACAGUUUGUUUGCUUUCUUCAUUCUAUCCUAGCCAUGACUAGGGCUGCUCUGUCAAAAGGACUACACAGAUGUUCGUAGACAGGGUAAACUGUGCAAUCCGUGUGCAAAAUGUGCAAAGGAAAUUUUUGGGUUUUCUGUUCUCUGUUUUCUGUUCCUCUGGUGCAAAUUUGGGUUGAAGAAAUCUUGUUGAAAUGAGCAAUUUUAAACAGUCAAGGCAGUGUGGAAGAGGGCAUUGGAGGCCCACGGAAGAUGCCAAGCUUAAGGAGCUUGUGGCCCAAUUCGGCCCUCGGCACUGGAAUCUCAUUGCAGAGAAACUCCAUGGCAGAUCUGGAAAGAGUUGCAGGCUGAGGUGGUUCAAUCAGCUGGAUCCUCUAAUCAACAGAAGGGCUUUCAGUAAAGAGGAAGAGGAGCGACUUAUGGCAAUCCAUGGGGUGUAUGGCAACAAAUGGGCCAUGUUUUCUCGCCUUUUCCCUGGUCGAACAGAUAACUCUCUCAAGAAUCAUUGGCAUCUUAUCAUGGCCAGAAAAUGCAAGGAGCGCUGCAAUCUCUACCGCAGAGUAAAUAACCCCUGCACUCAAUUCAAUUCGCAGAAUGAAUGCAAUAUUUCAAGGAGGAAUUCUUCAUUACUUCAUUUUUCUGAUGGGAAGGAGGCUACAAUAUCAUUUGAAAGCAGGACUCCAUUAUUUUAUGAAGGAAAUGAAUUUCAGCAACUAACUGGUAAUGUGGGCGGCUUUUUUCUUUGUUCUUCAGCCUCUGUAAAUAGCAAUGCAGCACAGUUGAAGUCUGAUGAUGGAGGAAAUGAUAGAGAUUCCCAGUCAAAAACUGAAUGUUUGUUUUCUCUUUCUUCUGCAUUAUCAUUAUCAGAAGGUGAAAAUACAGUGUUGAAGAAUAAAUCGUACGAUAGCGUUGAUAGGGACACGACUGUGGAACGGCAGAACUUCAUUGACUUUCUAGGGGUGGGCUCCACUUAGCAAUACAAACACAAGUAAAAAUUAUUAAUCUUUCUAUUUUGAUGAUUUGGGCUACCCAUGGUGGAAAAUAUCUUGCACCCAAUCAAAUUGCCUCAUUAAAAUUACA